CCGGUUUCCUCCGGCGUUGGGUUACAGCGCGGCGCUGGGUGGGGCGGGAGCGGCCCGGCCCCGGCCCGCCUCCCCGCUGCCUGCGGGCCCGGCCGUGCGGCGGCCCGGCGGCUCCCGGUCGGCCUCCGGGGAUGAGCGGGCUGCGGCGGCUCUUCCGCGGCAGCGGGCGAGCGCUGGCGUUCGUCUUCGCCGCCUCCGUCGUCUGGCUGCUCCUCGACAUGGCCGCGCUCCGCCUCUCCCUCGGCGAGGCCGGCGGGCGGCUGCUGAAGGAGGCGGCGGGGCGCGGGCAGGGGGAGCGGGCGCGGCCGUGGCGCGGCCCCGAGGGCCCGGCGGGCAGCCCCCGGCCCGACCCCGCCGCGCUCCGCCGCGGCCGCCGCAGGGGCGGCGGGACCCCGGCCGCCCGGGCAGCCCGCCGGGAGCCCCCCCCGCCGCCGCCGCCGCCGCCGCCGCCGCCGAGCCCCCCGCCGGGCGCCGCCGGGGGCCGGGGGCCGCGGGGAGGGCAGGCCGGGGGGCGCCCCGCCGCCCCCCCGGGGGCUCGGCUGGCCCCGCCGGGGCCGGCUCUCACCUUGCGGGGCGGCGCGGGGACUGUCGCGGCGCCGGCAGCGAGCAAAGCCCCGGCGAGGUUUGUAACACACCCUCCCGGGAACGGAGCGGGGCGGCGGGAGGCAGCGCCGUCCCGGGCGGGCGCCCCCCGGGCUCCCAGCAGGGCCCCCCCGUCGGCGCCCGGGCAGCGAGCUGGGCGUGGGGCGGCGGCGGCGGAGGGACCCGCGGAGCCCCCCGACGGGGGUCGGCAGCGACCCGCCGGCACGCCGGGGCAAGGCGGCCUGCUGCCCCGGGCAGCCUCCCCGGGGGAGGCCAGGGCGGGAAAGAAGGAGACAUCCUCGGAAACCCACUUCAUCCUAAUCAGCAAAGAGGGUGCAGAACCCGGCAGCCCAGCGGUCCCGCGCCCCGGAUCCGACUCCGCGGGGAAGCUCACCAAGAGCCAAGAGAAGCACAGAGAGCGGCAGCUCGCUAACGAAGAAGGCGAGGGUGCCAUCACCGGGGCCGCGGUGGCGGGUGGCCGGAGCCGGACGCUGGGUGCGACACAAGGAGCGGCUCCCAGUGCACCCAUCGCUGGCGAGGACGGGCGGGCGGCAGCAGGCGGGAGCAGCCCGGGAAUGCACAGGGUCUUGGCAAUGGAUGCGACGCUUGCCCCGAGAGACCCCCAAGCUCCCGGACAGUUUGGGCACCCUGUUGCAGUCCCGGAUGAUAAAAAAGAAGAAGCAAAAAUUAGAUGGAAAGAAGGAAACUUUAAUGUCUACCUCAGCGACCUGAUCCCCAUAGACCGAGCCAUAGCGGACACCAGGCCUGCCGGGUGCUCCGAGCAGCAGGUUCACGAUGACCUCCCGACCACCACCAUCAUCAUGUGUUUCGUGGAUGAAGUUUGGUCCACCCUCCUCCGCUCCGUUCACAGCGUCCUCAGCAGAUCUCCUCCGCACCUGAUUGAAGAAGUCAUUUUGGUUGACGACUUCAGCACUAAAGAGUACCUCAAGGAGAAGCUGGACAAAUACAUGUCACGGUUCCCGAAAGUGAAGAUCCUCCAUCUCAAGGAGAGGCACGGUCUAAUACGGGCCAGACUGGCAGGAGCGGAGAUCGCCAAAGGCACCGUCCUGACGUUCCUGGACUCGCACGUGGAGUGCAAUGUGGGGUGGCUGGAGCCGCUGCUGGAGAGGGUCCGCCUGAGCCGGGCCAAGGUCGCCUGCCCCGUCAUCGAGGUCAUCAGCGACAAGGACAUGAGUUACAUGACUGUGGACAACUUUCAGCGUGGGAUUUUUACUUGGCCAAUGAAUUUUGGAUGGAAGCAGAUUCCACAAGAGGUGAUCGAGAAAAAUAAAAUCAAGGAAACCGAUAUAAUAAGGUGCCCGGUCAUGGCAGGUGGCCUGUUUUCCAUCGAUAAGAAGUAUUUUUUUGAGCUGGGAAUGUACGAUCCAGGACUGGAUGUUUGGGGAGGUGAAAAUAUGGAGAUUUCAUUCAAGGUCUGGAUGUGCGGGGGAGAGAUUGAGAUUGUUCCGUGCUCCAGAGUUGGACACAUUUUCAGGAACGACAAUCCUUAUUCCUUCCCGAAAGAUCGGGUGACAACAGUGGAGAGGAACUUGGCCCGCGUUGCAGAGGUCUGGCUGGACGAGUACAAGGAGUUAUUCUACGGCCACGCUUACCACUUAGUCUUGAAAAACCUGGAUGUCGGCGACCUGACUCAACAAAUCCAACUGCGAAAGAGGCUUCAGUGCAAAAGCUUCAGGUGGUACCUGGAGAACAUCUACCCGGACCUGGAAGCUCCUCUGGUUAAAGCCAGCGGGCUGGUGCGUACCCAGCUUGUUAACGUAGCCAUGGCAAGAUGCAUCACUGUGGAAAACAAUACCCUAGCUUUUGAGCCGUGCGAUGUUAACAACAAGAACCAAAAGUUCAACUACACCUGGCUGAGGCUGAUCCAGCACGGAGGGCUGUGCAUCGCGCCGGGCGGCGCGGCGGGAGCGCUGGGCCUGCGCCCUUGCGAGGGCAGGAGCCGCAGCCUGACGUGGCUGCACCGGUCGCUGGCCGCCUUCCAGCUGGAGCUGAUGGACCACAUCAUCUCGGAGCACCUCCAGCAGCCGGCGUGCUUGGAAGUGGAUCCCUCAAACAAAACCCUGAGGGUAAAUGCCUGUGACUCCACAAAUCCUUAUCAAAAGUGGCAGUUUGGCAAUUACUAUGCAGAGUGAAGGGAGCACAGUUGAGCCAGAAACGCUGCGUUUUCACCUUGUGAAUUCAGCACGGACAUCUGUGCGACUUACGACAGCAAUUACAAAACUGGAAGUUCAUUUCCAAAUGAUAAUUGAAAUCCGUAAUUUAAACCAGCAUACUGAGAGAUCAGAAUACCAAGAGCAGCACACCUACUUUGACAAUGUCUGAAAUAGAUAGGUGUGUUUUUCCCUCACUGAGGGAGACUUUGGCAAAAACUCAAAUAGUUUUCUGUAUUAUUAAAUGGAAAUAUUUUUUGAA